AAUUAGAUGGCGCUGCCUGGUUCCGAAAGCUUACAUCAGCAUUUCAUUCACUCGAUAGCAUGGAACGCUGGCAGAACAAACUCGCUGUGGUCACAGGUGCAAGCGGCGGAAUUGGAGCUGCAUGUGCUCGUGCCAUGAUUGGUGCAGGAUUGCGUGUGGUGGGUCUGGCACGGCGAGAAGAGAAGCUGCGGGAGCUCAGGGACAGCUUGCCGAAACAUUUGCAGGCUAAUUUCAUUCCCAGACGGUGCGACGUAUCGAAAGAGGACCAGGUCCUGAGCUCUUUCGACUGGAUAGAAAGGGAGCUGGAAGGACCCGAUGUUCUGCUGAACAAUGCUGGCAUCACACGGGAAACGGAACUAGUGGCGCCGGGGAAUACCCAAAAACUGCGUGAUGUCAUUGACACCAAUGUGAUGGGUGUGCUCUGGUGCACUAGGGAGGCAUUCAACAACAUGAAGAAGCGGGAUACAGAGGGUCAUGUGUUAAUCAUAAACAGCAUUGCAGGACAGCAAGUGCUCAACUUUAUCGACGUUUUGCCCUCGUUCAACAUAUAUCCGGCCACCAAGUUUGCCAUAACAGCAAUUACGGAAACCUAUCGCCAGGAGUUUCAAUUGCACAAGAGCAAGGUGCGUGUGACCGGCAUUUGCCCCGGUGCGGUGAACACAAACAUAUUCCCGGAAGAGAUACACUUCUAUGUGAAGGAUAUGGUCAGGCUGGAGCCAUCAAAUAUAGCGGAUGCAGUGCUAUAUGCACUGCGCACACCGCCUCACGUGCAGAUUCACGAUAUUACCAUCAAACCCAUGGGCGAAUUAUUUUAAACGUUAAAUUUGGUUUAUGCCAGAUGUACAGAUGUUUAAACCUAUUUCAAGCCAGCCAGACGUUCUCGCAGCGCCUCCUCGUUCAAUUUGUGCAUGCAUAGAAAUUGUCCAUUAAAGAACAAUACAGGUAUAUCAUGCCGAAAUAGC